AUGAGCUUCUACGGCGAAGACAGCCCCACGGACGCGACGGAAUCGCGCAGAAAGUACCUGCAGUCGUGGCGAGACAAGCUCGGGCCGUACAAGUUUGAAGCGCGGAACGAUCUUCGCGCGACGGACGCGAACGAUAAUAACGUGUGGUUUUACCGCGAUCGCGUGGGUAAGUGCCGUGGACCGGCGCCGUUGAACACGAUGCGACAGUGCUGGGUGAACGGCGUCGUGGACGAACACACGUUGGUUUGGGGGAACGGGUUGUCGGAUUGGGUGCCCGCACGAAACGUUCGAGGAUUGGUGCCGAACAUUCGCAACCCGCCGACGAUCGCGUUGCACUGGCUCAUGCGCAAGUUUGUGGACACGGACGAGAAGUUGGCGGCGACGCGCCGCGAGCGGUUCGAGCGCGGGCAGGCGGCGACGGACACGCUCGCGGGCGAAGACGUCUCUCGCUGGUCGCGCCGGCGUCAGAAGGAGACCGACGCCAACACCGUUCCCGCACCGUUCGAGUAG